AGAUAGGAGGAACCACCGGAGGCUUCUCACCGUUAACUUCGUCACCGAGUCCGCCAGGAGUAGAGCUCCGAAAACCGCCGCGGGAACUCCUCUGCUGCCGCCAGGACGCCCGGCUCGAGGAUGGAGCUAACACGUUGUUGCUUAUUGCUGCUGAUCUGCCUGCCGUCGCUCUCAGCCCACAAUGACUUCUUCACCUCCAUAGGCCAUAUGACAGAUCUGUUGUACACAGAAAAAGACCUUGUCACAUCUCUGAAAGACUACAUCAGGGCAGAGGAGAACAAACUGGAGCGGGUCAAACGAUGGGCUGACAAGUUGGACUCCUUGACAGCAACAGCCACUCAGGAUCCUGAAGGUUUCCUGGGCCACCCUGUUAAUGCCUUCAAACUGAUGAAGAGGCUGAACACAGAGUGGGGAGACCUGGAGAGUCUUGUACUCAGUGACACCACUGAUGGAUUUAUUUCCAACCUGACCAUCCAGAGGCAGUACUUCCCCACAGAGGAGGACCAAACGGGGGCUGCCAAAGCUCUUCUCCGGUUACAGGACACUUAUAAACUGGAUGCCAACACUAUUUCCACAGGAAAUCUACCUGGAGUGAAACACAAGAGCCAUAUGACAGUGGAGGACUGUUACGAGCUGGGUAAAAUUGCCUACUCAGAUGUUGAUUACUAUCACACUGAGCUGUGGAUGGCCCAGGCCCUGAAACAACUCGAUGAGGGAGAGGAGUCCACUAUAGACAAAGUGACGGUGCUGGACUAUCUGAGCUAUUCCAUCUACCAGCAGGGGGAGAUAGAGCGAGCGCUGGAAUACACCAUGAGGCUGCUGGAACUGGAUCCAGAUCACCAGCGUGCCAAAGGCAACGUGAAGUACUUUGAGUACCAGCUGGAGAAGCAGAAGAAGUCAGCAGAAGAAGAGACUGAGAAGCAAAAGGAGAGAGGGAAAAGGGAAACGCCAGAAAAGAAGAAGAAGAAGAAAAAGCUGUCCAAACAGACCUUCUCCCUGAUCCCAGAGAGGAAGAAGUACGAGAUGCUUUGUCGUGGGGAAGGUGUCAGAAUGACGCCACGCAGACAGAGCAGGCUGUUCUGCCGUUACUAUGACAACAACCGCAACCCCAGACUCGUGCUGGCACCGAUCAAACAGCAAGACGAAUGGGACCGUCCCUACAUUGUUCGCUACAUCGACAUCAUCUCAGACACUGAAAUUGAGAAAGUCAAGGAGCUGGCUAAACCUCGACUACGCAGGGCAACCAUCUCCAACCCCGUCACUGGAGUGCUGGAAACAGCUUCGUACAGGAUCAGCAAAAGGCGAGCCACGGUGCAUGACCCCCAAACUGGGAAACUUACCACAGCCCAAUACAGAGUCUCCAAGAGUGCUUGGCUCACUGGCUAUGAAGAUCCAAUAAUUGAAAAGAUCAACCAGAGGAUUGAGGAUAUCACAGGCUUGGAAGUGGACACAGCAGAGGAGCUGCAGGUGGCAAAUUAUGGUGUUGGAGGACAGUACGAACCUCACUUUGACUUCGGAAGGAAAGAUGAGCCAGAUGCCUUUAAAGAACUUGGCACGGGGAAUCGCAUUGCAACGUGGCUUUUUUAUAUGAGCGAUGUCACUGCAGGUGGAGCCACAGUAUUCCCUGAUGUAGGGGCAGCAGUUGUGCCUAAAAAGAGCACUGCUGUGUUCUGGUACAAUCUGUUCGCGAGCGGAGAAGGAGACUAUAGCACCCGACACGCAGCCUGCCCUGUGCUGGUGGGCAACAAGUGGGUGUCAAACAAGUGGAUCCACGAACGAGGCCAGGAGUGGCGGCGACCAUGUGGCCUGAAUGAAACUGAAUGACGUUAAAAAUUAAUGAUUUUCAACAAAUACCUUCCUCCUCCUCCUUUUUUUCUGUUAACGGCCCAAAGCUCCCUGCAACAGAUCACAGAUGACACAUGGUGUCCACACGCAUCACUCCCUUUCCUGCAAACACUCAGCUCUUCUCCCCCACCUGCUCGUCUCUGAGCCGAGAGGUUGUUUUGGUUCGUGUCGAGCCCCUGGCCAGCGUCAACAUCGCUGUGACAGAUAUGUUCUUAAAGUUGUUGGAUGGUUUAGAGAAAUACUAAAGCUUUGUCCACUCCCGUGAGCCUUUUGUUUGCACUCGGCUGUGCGGUGAGAUUAUCCUUCAGUUGGGACUGCUUCCCCCUCUUUAUGGUAAACUGUAAAGGGGACACUUUUAUAUUUUUAAGAGGCCGGUCUGAUUUACUGCAUCGUGUGAUUUGUGAGCACUUGGCCCCUCUGAGGUAUUUAGGGAAAAUAAAUGAUCGAUAAAAUACGAUAAACAAUGAAGCUCACCGCAGCUGUAAAGGUGUUCAGGGCAAAUGUAUACGCACUUAACUUCUCAGCAGCUGUUUUCGAUGUUUCAAACUGAAUUCUCACUUUAUGUUUUUAUGAACAUAUGAAGGUGAAUCCCGCUUAGAAUAAAAAACAAAAACAAAGAUGGAGCCGCAUGGCUGGAAAGAAACGAUGUAAAGAAGCAAAAGGGUCACACACCAAAGAAGCAGAAAAUCUGAGGCAAGGUUGUGUUUUGAACGACAAAAACCAUUAAGUUGCACAACUCGCAGGGAAUAUUCAGGACUGAUUUCUACCACUUGUGCAUUUUGUUGGUUUGUCUCUCAUUUCACUCAACCGUUGCACCCCAAUACGAACGACGACUCAUACACUCCCAGCUUA